AUGGAAGAUCCUGUAUUGGGGAGGAAGACGAAGAAGAAGAUUGAAGGAGAUUCAAACAGAAGACAUGAAAUGCCACGCGCUAGUCUAUUCAUGGGAUUGCAACCUAAGAUGAUGACUUGUGGAAAAACUAGGGCAAUGAUUUCAAUGGUAGUUAAGUUCUUGGUUGGGCCAAUGCUGAUUCUUGCAACCUCCAAAGCCAUCGGCAUCAAUGGAGUUCUUUUGCGUGUUGUAGUUGUUCAGGCUGCUCUUCCACAGGGUCUCAUUCCCUUUAUAUUUGCAAAAGAAUAUAAUCUCCAUGCAGACAUACUCAGCACAGCGUAA